UCCCCGUCUGCACUCAUCAUAAAUGAGAGUUCUAAUGAGUGUAGGUGAAGGAACGGAGAGAAGGUCGCUUUAGACUUGAUGCACUCAGAACCAGGACACGGAUUUCAUCCGGAAAGCCACAACUAAGAUGGCGGACCAAUCUUUCCGUCAAAGACUAGAGCUCAGGUCACAUCCAAUCGGCUUGCGUUCUUCUCUUCUUGAAAACAUGUCGCCCAUGAAGCUGUGUGUUCCAGGUGAUAGGCUAUGCAGCACAGAUGACUGUAUGCCCGGUACUGGGGUGUACCUACGACACGGCUACAUCUACUCCUCGCUAGCAGGCUACGUACUCAGGAAGAACGAAGGAGAGGAGCUACCAGUCAUCUCGGUGGUGAGAGAAACCGAGGCUCAGCUACUACCAGAUGUAGGAGCCAUAGUCACCUGUAAGGUGACCAGUAUCAACCCCAGGUUUGCCAAGGUCCACAUCCUCUACGUUGGUUCCACACCACUGAAGGACCGUUUUAGAGGAACCAUCAGGAAAGAAGAUGUACGAGCAACAGAAAAAGACAGGGUGGAGACGUAUAAAAGCUUCCGUCCUGGAGACAUCGUCCUGGCUAAAGUCAUCUCCCUGGGAGACGUCCAGUCCAACUACCUGUUGACCACAGCAGAGAACGAGCUGGGGGUGGUGGUAGCCCACAGUGAAGCAGGAGCCCAGAUGGUACCUGUCAGCUGGUGUGAGAUGCAGUGCCCGCGGACGCACGCCAAAGAGUUCCGCAAGGUGGCCAGGGUGCAACCUGAGUACCUGCAGGCCUGAGCAGGGACCAGCGGGCAGCGUGCACCCCUCACCUCUCCAGCCCCCCCGGCAGGGACCCCUUUCCCUUCCUCAAGGAACACACAGCUUCCCUAUCUCUGAGAGAGACAAACACAAUCACUCACACUUGGAUUGUAAACAAUGCAUUGUGAGUACAAAGGACCAAAAUAUUGUGUAUAUUGAGGUCAUGUACAGAUGCUUGGACAUGGGUCAUUGAUUUGACACACACACACAGAGCCUUAUGUUCAGGGGGAUACCUCAACACACACACAGAGCCUUAUGUUCAGGUAUCAUGUUCAGGGGGGAUACCUCAACAGUGGAUUCCUCCCUCUUCAACCUACAACAAGGCAGAAUUUUUUUCCCUCCUGGUUCUACAAGGCUACAGUAGAGGUGCAGGAUUUUGUUCCAACCCAGCACUAGGACACCUGAUUCAACUGAUCACUGGGGCCUUGAUUGGCUGAAUCAGUCUCGUUAGUGAUUGGCUGGAACAAAAGCCUGCACCCCAUGUAGCCCUUUAGAAGCAGGAAUAAAUAGCACUGGUCCGGGGUAACCUUCUGGUCCGGGGUAACCUUCUGGUCCGGGGUAACCUUCUGGUCCGGGGUAACCUUCUGGUCCGGGGUAACCUUCUGGUCCGGGGUAACCUUCUGGUCCGGGGUUACCUUCUGGUCCGGGGUUACCUUCUGGUCCGGGGUAACCUUCUGGUCCGGGGUAACCUUCUGGUCCGGGGUUACCUUCUGGUCCGGGGUAACCUUCUGGUCCGGGGUAACCUUCUGGUCCGGGGUUACCUUCUGGUCCGGGGUAACCUUCUGGUCCGGGGUUACCUUCUCCCUGAAGUGUGCUCUCAUGUAUUCCCCCAUGGAUUUACUAGCAUAUGUCUUCCACCAGUCCUUUCCUUUUAAAUCCAUGAGGGGUAGUGAAUGAGUGCACACACCUGGGGUGACAGGCACAAUUCCAAAUCGACCCUUAAACCCUACACGCUAGUGAGUGAUUUGGGAUUGGGCCUUAGACGGCUAACACUUGGGAUGUUGAAGUAAAGUAAAGCGCUGGAAUUGAAACUGUCAUUUUGUGGUGGCACCGUUUAAGACCCAUACGACCACGUGGUCCUUUCUGCACCAAGUCAGAGAAAUGGAGAUGUCUUGUUGGUUUCUCCAAGAGUUGUUUCUUCUGUCGUUUCAAAACAAUACUUCUUGUUUCUUUGUCUCAUUUCUUCCUGUACUUGUCAGCAGAGGCACAUGUGUUUUUAAGAGUCAAAUAAAGUGAAUACCAAAGUG